GUCCUUACAGCUUUACUGUAUUAACUCAUCGACAUCUCAGGCAACCGUAUGAAGUAGGCACUGCACUUUACAGUUUUGCACUUACAGAGAAAAUGAAGGAGCCAGAUGACCAGGAUACUGAUGGGGGGAGGUCAGAGAGAUCAAAGAGCAGUGGAAGUCAGUCUCGGGCGUCCUCACAGUAUGCAUCAAGAUCUGCUACAAAAGAGGAUGACAGAAUCUUAGAAGAUGUCACAGAUGAAACGCUUACUGCAGGGGAAGGAUCCUAUUUAGGGGAUGAUGACUCAUAUGGAGAAGAUUUGGAAAGAAGUUCUAAUUCCUUGCAAGAUGACAGGGAAAGCACUGGAGAAUUUCGGCAUUUGGAAACCCCUGGCUCAGCUGAAGAGGAGGCAGAGUUGAAAAUCAAGACCAUAUCACAGAGCUUCUUUUACGAUUACAUGGAGCUGGUUUCCAUACCUUAUGUGUCUCCGAAUUCAGGCAUACCACUGGAACUUCUCAUACUUGUACAUUCCUUUGGUUAUGACUGCAACAAGCGGGCCAACCUGCAACUUCUGGACAGCAACACCAUCAUGUACAUAGCUGGGAACCAGCUGAUCCUUCUGAAUUUAAAAACCAAGGAACAGAUCUACCUGAGAAGUAGCAGUGGUACAGGAAUUGGUGCCAUUGGGGUUCACACUGAUAAAACUUACUUCGCAGUAGCUGAAAAAGGAGUUUCCCCAAAGAUUAUUAUCUAUGAAUAUCCUUCUCUGAGGCCCUACAGAAUCCUUCGAGAUGGGACUGACCUGGUCUAUGCUUACGUGGACUUUAACUACAGCGGCACAUUGCUGGCUUCUGUUGGUGGCAACCCUGAUCACACACUGACCAUCUGGAAUUGGAGAGAGGAACAGCCCAUACUGAGGACAAAAGCUUUUUCCCAGGAGGUUUUUAAGGUUACUUUCAAUCCUGAAGAGGAUGCACAGCUCACCACAGCAGGGUCAGGCCAUAUCAAAUUCUGGGAAAUGGCUGUAACAUUCACUGGUCUCAAGCUUCAGGGUUCACUAGGUCGAUUUGGCAAAACAACGACUAGUGAUAUAGAAGGUUACAUGGAGCUCCCAGAUGGGAAGGUGCUCUCAGGGACAGAAUGGGGCAACAUGUUGGUCUGGGAAGCUGGCCUCAUCAAAGUUGAGCUCUGUCGAGUUAAAAGUAAGCCUUGUCACCAGGGUCCCAUUAACCAGAUAAUGCUGGAUGAAGGUGAAGUUAUCACGAUUGGCUCAGAUGGAUGGGUUAGGAUAUGGGAUUUUGAGACCAUAGACACUGCUGAUGUUAUAGACGAGACUGGAUUGCUAGAGAUUGAGCCCAUCAAUGAACUUCACGUGGACAAGAAUGUCAAACUCUACUCCAUGAUAAAAAUGAAUGAUGCUGGAAAUAACUUUUGGUUGGCUCAGGAUUCCAAUGGAGCCAUAUGGAAGCUUGACCUUAGUUUUUCAAAUAUUACACAAGAUCCAGAAUGCCUCUUCUCCUUCCAUUCUGGAGCCAUUAAAGCCGUGGCCGUUUCUCCUCUCACUUAUCUUAUGGCUACUACUGCCUUGGACUGCGCUAUUAGAAUCUAUGAUUUUGCUAGCUGUACUCCUUUGGCUCAUGUGAAAUUCAAUCAAGGAGGUACAGCCCUUGCUUGGGUACCUCGAGUGGUAAGCUUCACUGGAGCACAUAUUAUUGUAGGAUUUGAAGAUGGGGUUGUUCGAGUUCUUGAACUUUAUGAUCCAAAAGGGCUCACAAUUUUUGCAGGACGGAAGAAAUAUCUGGAUGCAGAUCUUCAUUUGAAACAUGUUUUCAAACCCCAUACUGCUCAUGUCACUGCUUUAGCUUUUGAACGUGAUGGAGAAAUUCUAGCUACAGGGAGUAAAGAUAAAACUGUGUUCUUCUUUGAAGUGGAAAAGGAUUAUAAACCAAUUGGUUAUAUUACUACUCCUGGACCUGUUUGUCAGUUACAAUGGUCCCCAGUCUCUCAUCCAGAAAGUACUUUACUGAUUAUCUGUGAGAACGGCUAUGUCCUUGAAGCUCCAUUUCCAACCAUAAAGGAGGAAGUGGAGGAUCACGAUUUAGUUUCCUAUGAAAUCAAAGACAUGUGCAUAAAAUGUUUCCAUUUCUCAAGUGUCAAAUCUAAGAUUCUGCAACUAAUAGAAAUUGAAAAGAGAAAGAAACGGAAGGAUUUGAAGGAGAAGGAAAAGGAAGAAAGAAGGAAGCAGCUAGCAGCAGAAAGGGGAGAAGAUGAAGAAACGGAAUUCCAGGAGGAGGAGGAAGAGGAGGAGGAGGAGGAAGAGGAGCCAUUACCUGAAAUCUUUAUUCCACUAACCCCCUGUCACAUCCUCUGUGGAUUUUACUCUGAGCCAGGGAAGUUCUGGGUUUCUUUGGGUGGCUAUGAUUCUGGUUUUCUAUAUCAUUGUGAGUUCCCCCCAUGUGACAAAAGCAGUGAUAUUACAGAGAAGAAAGAUGAACCUUUGGAUUUCCGUUUUCUUGAGGAUACAGAAGAUAAUCCCAUCCAUACCAUCACUUUCAGUCUUAACCACGAUAUGAUGUUUUGUGGAUUGCAAGAUGGAGCAAUUCGAAUCUAUAUCCUAAGUCCAAAUGACUCUUCAUUGAAAACUCUGGAAAAUUACUGGCACUUUAAUGUACAUGACAACAAUUAUGGAUGUGUUAAUAGCAUUUCUACUAGCUUUGAUGACCGCUUUUUGGUGACUACUGGAGCAGAUAGUAAUAUCUUUGUUUUCAGCAUUUUUUCUAUAUUUGAGUUAAGGAAAACCUUCAGAGCCAAAGUGCCAUCUCCCAGGCUUGGAAUUGAAACUGAACCAACUCCAGGAGAUAUUGAAGAUCCCAAAGCCUACAGCAUAGAGAAUGCCAGAAGAAAAAGAGAACAUGACAGGUUAAUGAAAGAAGUGGAAGAAAUAAAGUCUAAGAAGAGAGAAGAACUCAAAGCUUUGAGGAAUCAGUUUCAGAAACUACUAGAAAUGAAUGAAGAAUUACCAAAGCAUAUGCAAUUUAAACGGACAGAUUUUGAAAUAGAUUCCAAAAUUCGUGCUGAGAUAAACAGAAGAACAGCUUUUAAAAUCCAACAACUGGAAAAGGAAUUAGCUUGGGAAAAAGAGAAACAUCAACUUGGCCUAAGGAAGCUACAGAAUAGGUUUCAUGAUUCACUGGAAGGUGAUAUUAUUGUGGUUCAUGCCAUACAGAGCGAUCACAAGGUAUCCUCCUAUAGGCUUGUGAAGCCCUCCAAGUACUCCAAAUCCAGACGGAUCAGUCAGUUUGACAGAAGAACAAGCAAAAUGGAGAGGUUUGAAAAAGAGGGAACUGGAAGAAAGGAUAGCCAGAAAGAAACAGGAGGGAAUAAUAGCAUCCAAGAAGAAUCAAUGAUAGAAAAAGGGAAGGAGUUUCGACCUAAGACCUUAAGUCAAAUUAUGGUGGAUAAUCAAAUUGAGAAAACGAGGAAACUUAUAUUAAAAGCUGAAAGAGCCCAGCAUAAAAUUCAGCAGCGAAAAAAAGAAUGGGAGGAACUGUACAAGAGUAAACCUGCUGAUGAUUAUGAAGAUCCCAAAGAUGUUCAAGCCAUCAAAGAGGCUCAGUUGUAUAUGGGAGACUUCAAUCUGAAGACAGCCCCAGACUAUAAGAUACCCGAGCACAUGAGAAUAAAUGCUGCCAAGAAAGAGGAAGAACUGGGACAGCUAGACUCUAUGACCCACUCAAAGAAAAUGCACUUUAAUAAGUCCAUCCUCUCUCUUCGAGACCUGAAAGUGGCUGUCAUCGAGGAGAUACAGUGCCUGGUGCAAGAGCUGAAGAGCAUUCAGGCAAUUCUUCAUGAGUCCAAGCACAUCCCCAUUCCUGAAAUCCCUCAGAUGUACCCGGAGGAAGUUCCUGAAAAGAGAUUUUACUAUGACGAAGACACUCUCUUUGCGUUUAAGCAUAAGCAUAAGGAAAAUGAGUCCGAAAAGGCCCCUCAAACAGAACAGACAGGGUCUAUAUCCUUCAGUGGAGGAUUCCUUAAAUUGUCUUCUGGAAAGGACGGGGAUAUGACAACACGAGGUUCAUUGUCUAAAUCAGCAAGGGCAUCGACAUUUGGUCUAGAUAUUCCAAAAUUCUUGGAAUUUGAAAAAGCAGAUCCAACUGAUGUAGAGCUGGAGAUUAUGAAGAGAAAUGAGAUUAAGCACAUGUACAUGCAGCAGUAUUUGGCCAACAGGAUCAAAGAACUGAUUGUCACUUUUGAUGCAGAACUCCGUCUCCUGAGGCACCAGAAACUGAAACUAGAUACUCAGAUGAAAUUAUCUGACCUGAACCAUGUCACAUUGUUUCAAGAAAUGCUUCUCCUCAAGAAUUUUGAAAAACAGGAGAAUAUUCUUCAAGAGCGUGUUACUUCGUUAGACAAAGAGGAACAGGAGAUGCAAUGGAGAAUCAAUGAAACUCUUAAGGAGAUGGAAGAGAAAAAGAAUGAAAUCACCAGGCUCCAGGACCAAGAGAAGGCACUCUAUGCUGGCUUCCAAACAGCCAUUGGAGAAAACAAUAAAUUUGCUAACUUCCUCAUGAAGGUCCUAAAGAAGAAGAUAAAGCGGGUGAAGAAAAAGGAGGUUGAAGGAGAUGCUGAUGAAGAUGAGGAGAGUGAUGAGUCAAGUGAGGAAGAAUCCAGUUUGGAGAGUACUGAAGAUGAGUCUGGAUCUGAAGAUGAGGUUUUUGAUGAUUCUAUUUGCCCAACAAAUUGCGACGUGGGUCUGUUUGAACUGGCACUUCAGCUUCGAGAGAAAAGGCUGGAUUUGGAGGAGGCCUUAGUGGAAGAAAAGAAAAUUCUUGAUAACCUCAGAAAGGAAUAUGAUGCAUUGUCCAGAAAAGUCAAAAUUGUGGGGACCAAUCUGAAUGCAGCAGAGGAAGCCCUGGAGGCUUAUCAACGAGAGAAGCAGCAGCAGCUCAAUGAAAUUCUGGUUGUGGUUCCACUCAAGCUUCACCAGAUAGAGCAUGUGGUAUUUGGAGAAAUACCUAGUGAUCUUUCUGGAACUUUGGUCUUUUCUAAUGGCUCCUUGGAACGGCUGCAAAACCGAAUUGUGCAGCUCCAGGAGGAGAACUCCAAGCAGCAGAAACUGAACAGAGAGUGGCGGGAGAGGCGUAAACAGCUCAUUCGAGAAAAGAGAGAGAUCGCAAAAUCUAUAAAGAAAAUGGAAGAGACCGUCCGUGAUCUGAUGUUGAGCAAGUUUGGCCGUGUGAUAGACUUGGCGGCUCUCCAGACACUUUCUGUGAAUACCACCCUUGAAGAACUCAAGAUCAAAAAACUUCGAAAGGAGCUGCUGAACACAAAGGAAAUGAAGAAAUGGGAGGAAAAGAUUGCUCAGGUGUGGUGGGAACUGAUGAUGAAGACCAAAGAACACACCAAAAAGCUUCACCAGAUGAAUGACUUAUGUAUUGAAAAGAAGAAACUUGACUCUCAGUUGAAUACACUGCAGAACCAGCAGGGCAAUGCCUUCCAGGGCCCUCGGAAAGCAGACAUUGUGGCAAAAGCGAAGGUCACUGAGUUGAUCCAACUCCAGGCGGAAAGGAUUGUGGCCCUGAAGGAAGAGAUCGCCCUUUUGCACAGGAAGGACGGCUUCGCGCUCCCACCCAUCCAGCCUCCGCAGGCGAAGAGAUGA